UGAACUAGCUUAUGUUUUUUUUCUUUUCUUUUGACAGUUUGCCUAUUUUAAAUUUUUAAUAAUUAAACUUGUUAUAAAUUCUCAUCAGAACGGUUAUCACUGUUAUCAGAGUUUCAAUGAUGCGAGAUCAAUGUGUUCAACAUACCCUAUCAUUCUAUGAUAACAACUAACACAUUUUAUUAACCGCGUGUAAGCAUGUUUUUGCGAAAGUAACAAACAAUAAAGUAUAAACAUAGAAUCAAAAUUCAAAAGGUUUGUUGGCUGAAAAUGACAUCAGACAUUUAAAAGUUGUUCAACACCUAAACAAUAUAAAAAGAUUUGUAUUCAAAAGUAUUAUUAGGGAUACGGAUACUAGAACUACUAAAUAAUUAAAAUAAUCAAUUAGAGAUCAAGAGCUAAUAUUUUAAUAAACGUUAAACAGUAAAAAUCUGAGUUUUUGCCAUAAAAUUAUCGACAAAACAGGUUCGUGGAUUUACACAGACGUGUUGAAAACCAAUUUUACGUAACAUUUACCAAUAGCAACAAUUGUUACCAUGAAUUUAAAUCCUUUGUCUGAUUGUGAAAGAACGUUUAUAUUGGAAGCAGCAUCUCAAAAAAUUCGCCUUGAUGGCCGAAAAAAAGAUGAAUAUAGACCAUUAAAAAUUGAAUUUGGAUUGGACUGGGGUAAUUGUCUAGUAACACUUGGUUGUACACGCGUCUUUGCUCAAGUUAGCUGUGAAAUAUAUCAACCCAACAAUAGUCGUCCAAAUGAAGGUGUAUUACAAAUAUCUGCCGAAUUAGCAGGAGACAACAAGCUUAAUGAUCUAACAAAAAUAAAUCAAGUUUUAGAAAGAUUCUACAAAGAUUCAAAAUGUAUAGAUCUUGAAGCAUUAUGUAUAAUUGCUGAGGAAAAAGUGUGGAAAAUUAAAGUAGAUUUGAGUGUUUUGAAUUUGGACGGUAAUAUUUUGGGAUGUUGUUCGAUUGCAACUUUAGCAGCAUUAAUGCAUUUUCGGCAUCCAGAUGUUAUGUCAACUGGAGAAAAAGUAAUAGUUUAUUCUAGUUCAGAGAGAGAUCCUAUACCAUUAUCACUUCAUCAUCAUCCAGUAAUUGUAAACUUUGCAAUUUUCGAAAAAUAUGAUUUUAUUAUUUUGGAUCCAUCACUUCUAGAAGAUAAUGUCUGUGAUAACAAAUUGUCUAUAUGUUUUAACAAUCAUAGAGAAAUGUGUGGCGUUGACAUUGAAGGAUGUGCUUCUUUAAGUCAGGAACUUCUUGUGAACUGUUCUAAUCAGGCAGCUUCCAUGGCUAUUAAACUUGUAGAUAAAAUAAAAUCAGCUAUACAAAUCGACAUUAAAAAUCGCAGUUCUAGUGAAUCAAUUAAAGGUCUAGAACCAGCAGUUUCCGAAGAAAAUGGUCUAAAAUUAUGUUUAUCUAAUAAAUUUAAUUUUGUUGGUCCAUCCAAUCGAGAAGAUAAAAUAGAAGAAAUUGAUGAAAAAAUGGAUGUUGAUCAAAAAGUGAUUAAGAUAACUGAUGGAACUGCAUUCACAACUUCUCAAAAUAAUUUGCAUCAAAUUAAUGAUGUAAAACAAAAUGAAAAAAAUGAUGAUUUAAUUGUUAUUGAUGCUGAAAGUAGUGAAUCAUCAUCAAGUGAUGAGAGUGUUGAAGUUGUUAGUCAUUAUAAAUUAGAAGAUGUUAGACCUAUCAUAGGCAAGUAUGUUGUUUCUGAUGAUGAAAAUAGUGACUCAGGUACCAUUAUAUUGGAUUGAACAAGUAAACAAUUUUUUUAUUAUAUGUAAAAAUUUCAAUUUAUGCUUAUAUUAUUAAACU